CAACAACUCUGGAGACGCCGUCAGUGACAGUUGGUCGUCUCGUUACACAGAGCUGGGAAAACCCUCCGGUUCUUCCAGGAGAGGAGCUGGAAGCGCAGGCCCAUCUGCACCGAGCCCUCUUUGGGACUGCACAUCUCUCCUUUGACAUGGAAUAAUUUCUCUGGAAGUUUCCACCACAUUACGUUCGUUUUUUUUUUUGUUUUUUUUUUGCAUCUUUCAAGGAGUGUUACAGCUUUUCCAGUCAUGGCUCUGAGCUCUGGAGGUUUAGCCCACGACUGGAAACCAUGAAGCAGCCAGGGAAGUGACCUAGGUGGACACUACAGCCUGAGGGUGCCUCUCACAGGCACCAUGGCAUCCAAGGAGAGAUUGUAUGAAGUCUGGAUGCUCUACUGCACCAAGAGGGAUCCAGACUACUUGAAGCUAUGGCUGGAGAUUUUCAUCAGCUCUUAUGAGCGAUGUCUGGAUGUGGACUUUGAAAAGCCGCCUACCAGGCCCGAAGAGGUUCCGCCAGUGUUGACGCUCCUCCCUGAUAACAUCCUGCAGGUUUUGCGCCACCAGCUGCUGCAGUGCGUCCAGAAAGCAUCGGACGGCCUGGAGCCUGAGCAGCAAAACCUGGCUCUGCUGCUGCUCAAGUUCCUUAUCAUUAUCUGCAGGAACCUGUCAAACGUGGAGGAGAUUGGCACUUGCUCGUACAUCAAUCACAUCAUCACGAUGACAACACUCUAUAUCCAGCAGCUGAAGAGCAAAACCAAAGAGAAGGAGAUGGCUGACCAGAGCCAGGCGGAGGAGUUCGUCCGUCAUGCGUUGGCUUUCUGCGAGAGCCUUUACGACCCCUACCGCAACUGGAGGCAUCGAACCUGCGGGGAGCAGCUUGGUACAGUGGAAAGAAGCAGACAGAAGUACAAGGCAGCGCCUCUUACUGUGGAGUUUGUUCCUUUUUUUUACCAGUGCUUCCAGGAGAGUGAGCACCUAAAGGAGAGUCUGAAAUGCUGCUUACUGCACCUGUUUGGAGCCAUAGUAGCAGGGGACCAGAGGAACGCUCUUCUUGCCAUCUCCCCUGCCACCAUGGAGGUGUUGAUGCGGGUGUUAGCCGACUGCUCCAUGGGCAGCUGCCCCUCAGACGAAGGCGAAGACUGGGACAGCGAAGCCCCCGACCGUAAGGCGCUGCUUACUCUAGGCUGCCUGCGGGAGGUGGUGCAGCGCCUCCUCGCCUCCAGCUCCGACCAGCGGCAGGUGGAAAUUGCCUCAGUGCUGGAAAAUUAUUUUAAGCUGCUUAACUCGGACCCGGCGGCUGUCGUCGCUGCAAAACAGCAGCAGCAGCAGCAAGCUAAGGGCCGAGUGCCAACGCUGGGGCGACACUGGGAGAGCAGAUUUGUGGCAUUGCAAGUAAAUAUGCUAGACACCAUCAGGGACAUGUUCCUGUGUUCAGACAGGCCAGUUCUUCAAGCCAUCUUCCUCAAUAGCAACUGUUUCGAGCAUCUGACACGACUGCUGCAGAACAGCAAGCUGGUUAAUGCUAGGUGCACGGCGGCAGACAAGGACCAGAAAGAUAUAACCAACAACAGGUUACUGACAGGAGAGAGGGACACUCAGGUGUUUCAGGGGCGACUAGACUCCCUAGCUGUAGCAACCAUUAAAGCCCUGACAACGGUGAUGCACAAAUCCCCAGCUGCAAAGGAAGUGUUCAAGGAGAGGAUUGGUUACAAUCACCUGUAUGAAGUUCUCACCUCACUCGGACAGCCUUCACGACACCUUCUGAAAGAGCUGAUGAACAUGGCUGUGGAGGGUGAGCACACCUCAGUGGGCCUCCUGGGGAUCAGUAACGUGGAGCCUUUGCUGCUGCUGGUCCAGUGGCUCCCAGAGCUGGACUCAUCGGAGCAACAGCUUUUCACAGCCGACUGGCUACGCCGUCUCAGCUGCCUCAACCGCCAGACCCGCGCCACCUGCGUCAACGCUGCCAUGGUCAUGCGAGCGCUAGCCGCCUUGGAGCGCCACGAACGGCUACACCGCUCUUGUGCCGAGAGCCUCCUAGCACUGGUGGGCUCUCUUGGCUCACAGUCUCUAAGCGCCAGAGAACUGUUGGGACUCCUGCGCCUUCUGAGGCCUCCGGAGCCAAAUCAAGCACACCCCUACGUAGGUCCCACUCUGAGAGCCCUUCUGGCUAUGGUACGAAAGCAGGGUCUGGAGAGUGCAAUGCAGUACUUUGAUCUGUCACCGAGCAUGGCUGGGAUUGUGGUUCCAACAGUGCAGCGAUGGCCAGGAUCUGCUUUUAGCUUUCUCGCCUGGUUGUCAUUAGAUCAGGACCAGCUCGGCCCACCCAGCAAGGACAAAAGGAAACAGCUCUACAGCUUUUUCACCCCAGGAGGGACGGGGUUCGAGGCCUUCAUCAGCUCAGCGGGUGUCUUGGUAGUUGCUGUUUGUACAAAGAAGGAAUACGUGACAGUCAUGCUGCCUGACUACUGCUUUUGUGACUCUCUCUGGCACAGCAUCGGUGUGGUGCAUAUUCCGGGAAAGAGGCCAUUCGGGCAAAGCCUUGUGUAUAUUUAUGUGGACGGACAGCAGAAACUGUCAGCCCCACUCAAAUACCCCACCAUGACUGAUCCGUUCACCUCCUGCUGCAUCGGCUCAGCAGGCCACCGCACCACCACUCCCCCGCCCUCCCAAAUCCCAGACCCUCCCUUCUCUUCUGCAACAACACCCUCUACUCGCUCCUCAUUGGGUGGCAUCCUCUCACCGCAGACCUGGGGAGGCCUCCUUGGAGGAAAACCCGAGUCUGUGACUAAGCUCAUCUCUGCAGGGACUCAGGACAGCGAGUGGGGAAGCCCGACGUCCUUACAGGGCCAGCUGGGGAGCGUCAUGGUGUUUCAUGAACCUUUGCAGCCUAACCACAUUAAAGCCAUCUGUAGUGCCGGUCCAAACUGUAUCUCUCCUUUUAAAGCCCAGGAAUCAGAACUUGGUGACUUAUCAACCAAACUGCUGCUACACUACUCACCCAAGGCGUGCAGGAAUCCCAUCUGUCUGGAUCUGUCUCCAAACAUGCUGCAUGGGCGUCUAACUGGGAAUAAAGUCGUCAACUGGGAUAUCAAGGAUAUGAUCAACUGUGUUGGCGGUCUGCCGGUGCUUUUCCCCAUCCUGGAGCAGUUGGCUUUAGUGACCCCUGAUCAGCAGGCCAGUGACCCCACAGCUGGGUCAGAUUUCAUCACCCCUGAUGUGACGACGCCAGCUGAUGGAGACUGGGUCAUCCUCCCGUCCAACAGGGCUUCAGAGGCACGCCUGGAGAAGAAUCUGGUGGCCACCUUCCUGUUGGUGCUGAAGCAUUUCCUGCAGAGACAUCUGAUCAAUCAGGAGAAUCUGCUCCAUUCACACGGCCUCGCUACACUAGGAGCCCUGCUGCAGAAGCUGCCAGCAGGUCAUGUGGACGUUAGCGUUCUGGUCGCUGUGCAGCUUCUGAUCGAGCAGGUGACAUAUGAGAAAAACCAGGCGCUUCUGCUGCAGCUUCACACACAUUUGCUGUUUAACUUCAACAUCUGGAACAAAGGAGACUUCCCUCUACGAAUAGGUCAUAUCCAGUACAUGUCUACGGUCAUCAAAGACAACAGGAAGCAGUUCAGGAAGAAGUAUGGAGUUCAGUUCCUUUUGGACACCGUGCGCCUUUACUAUGGGAAGAACAGCAAUAAAGAGAGUGACCUGAGCGAGGAUGACGUUCGAACAAUCAGGGCGUCUCUCUGCGGCCUCAUCAAGUACUACAUUAGUAAGGGAAUGUCACAGGAUGAGAUGCACAGCAUUCUGGGAUACAUUGCUGCCAUUGGAGAUGAAGAACAGUUAUGUGGAUUGCUGGAGUUGUUGCUCAGUCUUCUCCAAAGCAGUCCAGCUAGAGACCAGAUCUUCCUGCUCCUCUUUGAACCUGGUGCAGCCGACUCCUGCUACGCACUACUGCUCAAUAAUAAGCACUCAGACAGACUCAGAGAGCUCGUCUUUAAGCUGUUUGAGCGCAUGCUGCGCUGCGACCGCGUCUACGAGAGGAAUAAGCAGCGUUUACGUCUGAGGGAGGCGGGUUAUGCCGGCCUGUCGCUGCUCUUUUCUGAACUUCACAUCACUCCAACACUAAUCCGCUGUCUCCUCAACCAAGUCCUUCACACAGACAACUUGGUGAACUACAAAGACCUCAUGUCCUUGGUCCAGGUCACUCACAGGGCCGGGCCGAGUGUACGCCUCAUCGUCUGCAAGAGGGUGUACCAGCUGCUACAGUCCCAGCAGGAUGCUGCCGUCCAGAUUUCCCGGCAGCAGUGUUGGCAGGACACUCUGAUGCGUCUCUACCUGCGAGGCGACGGCUCUUUACCGCUGCGAAGUGCAGACACCGUCAGCACCUGCAGCCUGGACCUGAACCGACCCAGCAGCACCAACCGCCUGGAGCUACCACUGGAGAGAAGGGGGAGGGCGGGCAGUACAGGCCGCCUGGACCGGCUGGACGACGACCGGCUCAGUAUAGGUGACACCCGCUCUGUGGACAGCAUGGAGAACGGGGACGUCAUCUCCCUGCUGGACACGCCGUCGUCUUCGGCUUCCACUGAGCCGCAGCUUCACGUCAAACCCUGGGUGGUGGGGAAGUCAGGGGGCUUGACGCUGGAUCUGUCCCACUUGCAGGCCUAUGAAGGAGCAGAGAGCGGCAGCCAAACACCUGGCAGCAUGCCCAGCACACCAUCACCUCUAGAGACCUCUAAACCUUUCCCAGGAAGCUCUGGGGAUAGAGAGGCAUCGUCGUCUUUGACUGAAGACAGCUUUUUGUUCAGUGACAACAUCUCACUGGGAGAUUCCUUCAACAAUGCUGAGCGAGCAGAAGAGGAGCUGUGUAACAUGCUGCUGGAGAUAAUACUCUGUGUGAUGUGGCGUGGAGUGGAAGGUUCUGAUGAUUCGGCGUGGCUCGAGAGAGGUCAGGUCUUUUCAGCUCUCACCAAACUUGGAACUGCCAACGAGCUGCUGCAACCAGUCGACCAAAUAAAGCUCAGUCUCAUGGAGCGCAUGCUGGAGUGGGCAGUGAGUGAUAACCGUGAGGCUUCAGCUGCUACGUUGCCCCAGCACACAGAGAAUGCAGUGAGAUUGCUUCACAUGGUGCAGGACUUCCUGCAGGCGGAGGGCCUCAUCAACCCGUCUCUGUGGACAGAGAAGGUGCUAGAGGAGACGGUGACGCUGAUGGACAGCCUCAUGGUGUGGUACACAUCCGGCACCCAAUGGUUCCAGCUCUCACAAGUUGGGCUGAGGCUGUUGCUUGGAUUCAUGGCACAGGAAGACCCUGAUGUGUGCGCGAUGGCAACGGCUAAGCUCAACGGCAUCCUUCAGACCAAAGAGGUGUCGAGUCAAGACGAGGCCUGCUACCUGCUCGGCAAGGUUGAAGGCAUCCUGCGGCGCUCAAUCCAGGAGCAAACGGAGGAGACUUACUCCUUCCUGGUUCCUCUUCUGCGAACGCUGCUCUCCAAAGUGCACCGCCUCCUCUACAUGGAGCUGCACCUCCCUCAGCUACCGGACACCAACGGCAGCCCCUCCUUCUUUGAAGACUUCCAGCUUUACUGCAACUCACCUGAGUGGCGCGUCUACCUCGAUAAAUAUAUAAUUCCGUACAUGAAGCAGUAUGAAAUAGAGACAUUCAGCCAGGGCCAUGAGACCAUGGCUCUGUACUGGAAGGAAUGCUAUGAGGCCUUCAUGGUCAGCCUGCACAAGAGAGAGAGGGAGAGAGGAGAGAGCAAGAUCCGCUUCCAGGAGCAGUUUGUGGAGCCUUUCUCACGCCGUGGUCGACAGGAGAACCUGCGCUACAACAGCAUGUUGAAGCAGCAGCACAGCCAGAACAGUGCCACCCUGAGGCAGUGGAAGGCAGCACGUCGGGGUCUGGUGUGUGAGAGGGGGCCGUGGGCUGAAAGGCAGCUGGACGAGAUGCACUGGAGGGUUUCUAGCGCAGAAAAUUUCUCUCGCAUGAGGCUCAAACUGGUCCGGAAUUACAACUACGACCCUCACCGAGAGGCCAGCGCUCUGAGAGACAACCUUGGUGUCCAUCAGCAGCGUGUAAACCCCGAGUCUCUGCUGCUGGAGGCCGUGAAGCAGGUCAAAGUCAGCGACCUGGAGGACGACAUCUUGGAGCUGCCGGAGGACGACCCUGCCGUCGCCAACAACCAGGUUGAAGCAGAGGAGGCAGGCCAGAAGGAGAAGCUGGUGCUGUGGGAGGAUUGCGAGUUGGUGACUGUGGUGGACGUGGUGCCGGGCCGCCUGGAGCUCACCACCCAACAUAUCUACUUCUACGACAGCAGCCAGGAGAAGGAGGAAGGAGUCGGCCACGACUUUAAAUGGCCCCUGUCUCAGAUCCGAGAAGUCCACCUGCGGCGUUACAACCUCCGUCGCUCAGCUCUGGAGAUCUUCCUCAUCGACCAGACCAAUUAUUUCCUCAACUUUAAAAAAGAGGCGAGGAAUAAGGUGUACAGCCGCAUGCUGCUGCUACGAUCGCUCAGUCUUUAUGGAACCAGGUCACCACAGGAGCUCCUUAAAGCCUCUGGGCUCACACAGAAAUGGGUGAACAGAGAGAUCUCCAACUUCGACUACUUGAUGCAACUCAACACAAUAGCAGGCCGAACGUACAACAACCUGGCUCAGUAUCCAGUGUUUCCCUGGAUUCUUGCUGACUACACUUCAGAGGAGCUGAACCUGUCUGAUCCUCGGGUAUUUAGGGACCUAUCAAAGCCAGUGGCUGUUCUUAAUGAACGCAACGCCAAGGCUGUUAGAGAGAAGUAUGAAAGUUUUGAAGACCCUACAGGCACCAUAGAUAGGUUUCAUUAUGGAACCCACUACUCAAACGCUGCUGGUGUGAUGCACUACUUAAUCAGAGUGGAGCCUUUUACCUCCCUACACAUCCAGCUGCAGAGCGGACGGUUUGACUGCGCUGACCGCCAAUUCCACUCCAUCCCUGCUACCUGGCAGGCAAUCAUGGACAACCCCAACGACGUCAAGGAGCUCAUCCCAGAGUUUUUCUACUUCCCAGAAUUCCUUGAGAACCAAAAUGGCUUUGAUCUGGGUCGCCUGCAGAUCUCUAAGGAGAGAGUAAAUGAUGUUGUUCUGCCAAAAUGGGCCAAAUCUCCUGAGGACUUCAUCUACAAGCACCGCAAAGCCCUGGAGUCAGAGUAUGUAUCAGCUCACCUCCACGAGUGGAUAGAUCUCAUCUUUGGUUACAAGCAGAGGGGCCCUGCAGCAGUGGAGGCCCUUAACGUCUUCUACUACUGCACAUAUGAAGGAGCCGUGGACCUGGACGCCAUCACCGACGAGAAAGAGCGUAAAGCCCUGGAAGGCAUGAUCAGCAACUUCGGACAAACACCGUGCCAGUUACUCAAGGAGCCCCACCCUGUACGUCUGUCUCAGGAGGAAGUUGAAAAGAGGAAAGCUCAGCUUGAUUCGUGUCCCCUUAACAUGUUCGAACACCUCAGCGACCUCAAGUCCUUCUUUGUCGAGGGCAUCAGCGACAGCGUGCCACUUGUUAAGGCCGUGGUGCCAAAGAAUCAGUCCCAUUCCUUUAUCACCCAGGGGAGCCCUGACACCAUGGUGACGGUUAGUAAGAACUGCCUUGUCGGGACCCAUGGGUGGCUGCCUUACAACAAGAACAUCUCCAACUACUUCACCUUUAUUAAGGACCCCACAGUGUCCAACAGCAAGACCCAGCGGUUCCUGUCAGGACCGUUUGCCCCCGGCGUUGAGGUCACAGCAGGUCUGUUUGUCGUCUCUCACGACGGGAAGCUGCUCUUCAGCGGCGGCCACUGGGACAACAGCCUGCGGGUCACAUCUCUGGUGAAGGGCAAGACUGUUGGACAACACAUUCGACACAUGGACAUCGUGACCUGCUUAUCCACAGACCACUGCGGCAUUCACCUGAUCUCAGGCUCCAGAGACACAACCUGUAUGGUGUGGCAGGUUCUGCAGCAGGGAGGAGCUCCCGUUGGUCUCUAUCCCAAACCUGUCCAGGUGUUGUACGGGCACACGGAUGAGGUGGUGAGCGUCAGCAUCAGCACAGAGCUGGACAUGGCCGUGUCUGGGUCAAGGGAUGGCACUGUGAUCAUCCACACUGUGCGUCGGGGUCAGUACAUGCGUUGCCUGCGACCUCCCUGCGACAGCUCCCUGCCGCUCUCCAUCCUUCACCUCGCCGUGUCGUGGGAGGGUCACCUGCUGGUUCACACCUGUGUCGAGGGCAAAGCAACGCUCAAGGACAAAAACGCCCUCCAUCUUUAUUCUGUGAAUGGGAAGCACCUCUGUAGUGAGCCACUGAAGGAGCAGGUGACUGACAUGUGUGUUUCAGGAGAGUAUGUAGUCAUUGGAAGCGAGCAGGGAUACCUGUCCAUCCGAGACCUCUACAGUCUGUCUCUGAGUACGGAGCCCAUGGCGAUGCGCGUGCCAGUCCGCUGCGUCUCCGUCACCAAAGAGCAGAGCCACGUCCUGGUGGGCCUCGAGGACGGCAAGCUGAUCAUCGUCGGCGUGGGCAAGCCAGCGGAGGUAAAGAACUCGCUGAGGAACUACAUCGCUCAGAGCCUGGAGGGAUCGCCGCUCAUGGCCUCCCCCCUGCUGGCCCCACUCCGGGCUCGCUCGCCAACCCGCCUGCUGCACCAGCGUGACCAGCUGGUGUUCACUCCCCCCUCUAACACCCUUAAACCCUAACCUCCCUCUUCUCCCCCUUACAUCACUGUCACACACUGAUAAACCUGCUGCACACGUCACUGGUGUUGCAAAACUCGGCCUCAACAUUCUCAACGACCUUUAGAAUCACUUUCACCUCGUCCUACUCAGGGAUGGUUGUCGCCCACAGUCACACCUGAAGCUAUGCUCACAUUUACGUUAAAAACAAACACAUUCCUUCAGCGCACCGCUGAGCAGACAACUGUGAUAGAAAAACAACUCUCCAUGCUGACCUCAUUCUGUAUUUCCAGUUAGGUUUGGCAUCAGUGCAAUAUUUGACUUGAUUUGGCUGUUGACCUGGGAUAAAUUCCAUCCCCUGCUGUUUACCUAAAGUGUCAUUAUGUUACAUGUCUGAGUGUACUCUACAAAUAUAACAAAUAUGCUGUGAAAAACCUGUGAACGCUUCUGCAAACUCAAGCCAUACUAACAAUGUAGCUACAAUCUAAUAAUGCAAACUAGUAACCUAGCCAAGUUAGACUCCAGUGUUUUAUAAUGUAAAUAUAAAGUUAGCAUAGACGAUGCAGGUAGUUCCCUCUGAGUCUUUGAAUCAUCGCACCUUUGAUUUUCAUCUUUUCUGUUCAGAUCUACGGAGGAGUGUUAGGGCCACGAGAAAAAACUGACAUCAAACAUUUUGUUUUAAAUCUAUUUAUUAAUUUUUCAAAUCUGAGAUUAAAGUUAGAAUUCUCAUACUGAAGUGAAUAAUCUGAGACAAUAAUCAGAAUUCUGAGUAGAAAUUUGAAUUCUUAGAUUAAAGCCAGAAUUCUGAGAAAAUAAUCAGACUGCUGAGUAAAACUUUUAGUUUUUAGAUUGAAGCCAGAAUUCUGAGAUUACAGUCAGAAGUCUUAGAUUUAGAAUAGAUGUCCAAGAAUAGAGCCAAAAUUCAGACAGUAAAGGCAGUAAUCUGAGAAAAUGAUCAGAAUUCUGAGUUAAAAAAAAAAAAAAAAAGAAUUCUGAGAUUGAAGUCAGAAUUCUCAGAUUAAUACAAAAAGGGAAAAAAAAUCUAAGGUUAAAGUCUGAUAUUUUAAUUAGAAUUCUUGGAUUAAAGUCAGAUUUCAAAGAUUAAAGAAAAUAAUCUGAGAAAAUAAUCAGAAUUCUGGGUAAAGAAUUGCAUUCUGAAAUUAAAGUCUGUAAUUUGAGAUUAAAGUCCAAAAUCUCAGAUUAAAAUCAGCAAUAUUCUUUGAUUAAAGUCAGAAUUUCUCGAGUAAGGUCAGUAAUCUGAGAAAAUUAUCAGAAUUCUGAGUAAAAAUUGGGAUUCUGAGAUUAAAGUCAAAAUUCUAGGUUAAAGUCAGAGGUCUGCAGGUAGAAAUAAAGAUUCUGAGUACAGAGUCUGAAGUCUGAUCUUUAAAUUAGAAGUCUGGGAUUUAUGUCAGAUUUAAAAGAUUAAAGUAGAAAAUAAUCAAAUUUCUGAGUAAAAAAUUGAAUUCUCAGAUUGAAGUCAGAAGUCAGAAAUAAAAAUCAGAAAUUUGAGAUUUAAACCAAAUUCUAUUAUUAAAGUCAGAGUUCUGACUUUAUCACAAGAUUUUGAAAGAGAUUAAAGUCAAAAAUGUGUAAAAUAAGUCAGAAUUCUGAGUUAAAAAUCGGAAUACUGGGAUUUAAGUUGGGUUUCUGAGGGUUCUGACUUUUUUUCCAAGAUUUGGAAAAAAUAAGAAUUGGUCAGAACUCUGGCUUUUGGUUAAGAAAUGUUCCUUUAAUUUAGAAUUCUGCCUUUUUCCUUUUUUUGAGUUGGAUUUAAAGUUGGAUCUCAGAAAUAUUUUUUUUGGUCCUCAUCCUCUUCCGUACAGAUCAACUGAAUCAAGCUUGAUUUUUUUUCCUUUAGUCUUAAUUUUACUCGCAAGUAAAUCAA